CUCCACAAACUCAAAAUCAAAUCUGCGCUGUGAUUGGUUGAAGAUGGAAUCGAAGUUGAGGAUCGGCGCGGGAGGCAGCCUGGCGCUCCUCUGCACCACGGGCGAGGGGCUGCCAUCCCAGCAUGCACUGGGGCAGCUGCUGAGGGGGAUCAACAAACAGCUGGAGGAGAACGUUCACAGCCUGGAACACUGUAUGGAGGAUGUACUGAAGCUGGGUCAGGACCUGCCCGUACCCCCAGAGGUCACCAGUCCCCGCGAGGUCGCAGACUUCAUGGUGCAUUCUGGGACACUGGACCGGAGCAGGUGCGACUCCCCCGAACCACAGGACACAACAGACCUGCUCCGCAGAAUUAAAGAAGCAAUAGACCAACACCCAGGCCAGGAGGACGCUCUCUUCAACAGUCUCAUAAAGAUAUCGUCCCAGCAAGGUCUCUGUCUGCCUCUCCCAUUGGUCAGCUCCAGUCACGUGACCUCCUCGACCGUGUCACUCAACGCCAUACCGGACGAGGACGACCAAGGGAACGUCGCGCUCUGGAGCCAGAUUUCCGUCCAUUUCCGGGGGCACUUCCUGCGGAGAAUGGAAGAUCUGCCCGUAACUGGUAACUCCUGUAAAAAGCGGUUGGAGUGCCUGCAGAAUAGUCUGGUGUUCAGUUCGUCGAGGGAUGUGUGGAGGAAAUACCGCGCCCUACGCAACCGCCAGUGGAUGGAGGUGCUGAAGAAAGAUGACCAUCCCGAUCUGGAGAGUUCCGUAAACGUUUCUCAUUCUGUGGCGAGUCUCGAGCGAGCCCAGCCGAUGAUCGCGAGCAUGAUGGCGGAAGACUGCACUCUGUUGAACUGCGGGAUCUUCGAUGGCACAGUCAAGGCCCCCAAGGCGAUCCGGGAUAUGUACCUGACGGGAUUGUGUGGUUGGCUCAGCGGACUGGUGGAGGACAUAACGAGGAAGAAGUCUCAGGAAGAUAGGAAGGAGAGAAGGAAGAACGGAAGACAGAAGGACAAGGCGAAGUCUGCAAUGAAGAUGUCGGCCAGCAGAGAAGCCUUCGCAGAAGAAACAGAAGAAGAUAUGGCAUCACCAGAGGAUUCUGGGACCAGUUCUCUGUCCCGGGGUGACAUGGAGCUGCUGUGCCGCGCUGUGUCUGUGUUUCUGGCGCUGGAGGCACACGUAGAGUCCCUGGUGUCCACCAUGUGGGACCCCUCACACAGCAAGGAGGGGAGGGAUGGACAGAGGGCUCCCCUCAGGGGUGUACUGAAGAACAGCCACAGUAACAGCAACAUCAACCAGCUGGUGACAGACAGUGAUAGUACAGAUGUGGACAGCGCACCCAAGGAGACAGCAGACUUUGAAACAGUCAACAUGCCUAACUGGCAGUGGAGAGCCACACUAUUGGAGCUGGUGCCUGAUGUGGUAGCAAGUCUGUCAGCCAUGGUGAACACAGCACUAAAGGCAGGGGAGGAGGAAGAAGAGAUGUACACACAGAAUCGAACACUGCCUACAGAGGAGCUUUGUGCUGUUCUUUAUGGAGGAGAGCUGGACUACCCCAGACUGGUCAGCUGCUGCUGUGCUGUGCUGUCCCGCUGUCUGCAACAGCUGCUGCCCCUGGCUGUGGCUGGUUCAGAGGGAGGGACGGAGCAGAUUAGAACAGCCUUUGUGGAGAAGACAGCUGCUGCAUGUGACCAGGUGUUAGCCAUGCUGACAAAGGUGGCAGCAGACUGUCCGCACCAAGCCCCCAUACAGAACAUGUACAUCUGCCUGGCGAGCGCAGGCUUCCUCAGAAACCAGGUGUUCCACUUCAACAGUGUCCUGGUCACCAAGGGAGAGAGGGGCCCGCUCCACCCAUCGUACCAGAGUGUGCGAGACUUUGUGGACAGUCUGGAGGAGCAGGUGAUUGGUUACCACACCAACGUGAUCGCCACCAGCGUUCUGCAGGACUCAGACAGCCACUACUGGCAGGACCCCAGGGCUUUCUACGAGGGAGAGAGAUGCUCCUUUGCAGUACAGAUGUGGAGUUACCACCUGUCUGCCCUGCGGCGCGACCUGUGGGUGUAUGCACCGCCUCGUCUGGGACAGCACGUGCUGGCCUGCGUACUGAGGGACUCCCUCGCUGUCCUAGCUGCACGGUACAGCCAGGCCAGCCCGUCGUACAACAGGACACCACAGUUCAGAAGUGACAUCACCGCGGUGCUGCUGAUAACAUGCUCGUACCUGUGGAGCGUGUGUGACUCCCUUCACUGUCUCCUGGAUACCACAAACCCCCCAUCACACCCCGUCACCUCCAUACACAACCACUGCACCACGCUGAUGGCAGCCCUCACCGUGGUCUCCUCACCACUAGCUGAUAUUUACAAAGUGUUCAAGAAGGGCUUUCAUCACAAGAAGAAAAAGAAGGGAGAAGAAACAGAGAGUGCAGGCAGACAGAACACACAGUGGUUACAUUUCUUGUACCCUGGGUUGUUUGGGCAGUUAGGAAGUUUCCAUGACCUGACCACAAAGCAGGCAGUCUAUGUCCAACUGAAACUGCUUUGUAGCCAACCUGCACCUGACUGGGCCAUGCUGCUGCACCUCCUCAUGAUGGGGGGCUGUCAGGCUCCCGUACUACUACUCACACAAACAGGUUUGAAAGAGACUGUACAUACGGCUGACAGACAUCCCAGCCCUGCUGUUGUGUGUGGAAAGCUGCACUGUCAGCAGGACAGCUGUACACAGCCAGGAACAGCAGAGGGGAUGACUGUGCUGCAGUCUGUGGUCGAGGUCAUGCUGUGCUGUCCCCAGUACCCCACAGUGCUGUCCAAAGUGCUGUUGCCUGUGAUAGACAGACUGGAGGGCUGGGAGUUUUUCGAGGUGUCCAUGUUUGCUGAAAGGUUGGAAAAGGGUAGUACUGAGUAA